UCGAAGUUAUAAGCCCUCGAGUGUGAGGCUGGGUGAGGUAGCUUUUAGGUUAGAACAACGAUCAUUCAGCCAAAUAUUGUUUACUACUCAGGAAUGUAAUGUAUAUCAAAACAGGGCAUUACAUAUCGGUAGUAUUCGAGGAAUGAGAAGAAUUUGAUGACAUCCUAGAUAACACUCAAUGUAAUGUUAGUCCGUAAUUAGCUCCCAUUGCCUACGCUAUAUAAAGCAAGAUCUGUGAUAAUGUUGUGCACAAUGUUCACAACCCUGCUGAUUCUCAUUGUGGGCUCGACCACAAUUUUGGCCACAGACUAUAUCCUACUGAUUGAUGAUCCGGACAUAUACACAACGUGCAAGGAAGGACCACCCGGCUUCCAAGGACUGAACGAUGCCUUCGAUACAAGUGAAAUGUUGAUUGAUGUAGACCCCGACGGGAUUCAUGUUUCGGGGAAUGUUACAUCCAGAUGGAGUAUGUCUCGCACAGAUCGAAUUUCAGCCAGAAUGAGCGUGUUGCACUACAACCGCGGUAGUUGGGAACCGACAGUAUUUAACUCCCUUACGCCGGAUUUCUGCACCGCAAUGUUUGAUCCGAACCAGUUUUGGUUUAAGUACUGGUUCAAAAAUUUUGCAAACCGUGAAGAAAUGCAAGAGAAGUGCUUCUCAACGGCAGGUACUGUUUUAGUGUAUAACCCGUUCACCGUGGUUCCGCGACUAAAUAACGUCAUGGGGGCUCCUUUAAAAGGACGGUAUAAGGUUGUGGUAUUGUUUGAAGCAUUCGACGAAAGGAACCAACGAAGACCAUCGCCCGUAUGCUUUGAGGUCACAGGCGAAAUUGAGAAAGUAAAGAAUUAACAGAAUAAAUAUGUACAAUAUGUAGACAUGCAGAGAAAUUUCUUCGAUGAUCAGGUAUCACGGUGUUUCGCUAAAUGCGGCCUAUGCCAAUUAAUAAUUGUUUUGUUGUAAUCAAAAUAAUUUCACUGCUUACGAUAUUCAUUUAAAAAACAAAUUCUUUCUGACCCUAUAAAAUAAAUGUAUAAAAAACAGAUGGGAAAA